AGCAGCACCAGUUGCCGGCCGAACGCCUGAGGAGCAGCAGCCGCCAUUUUGUGCGUGUCGGUGUGCUCCCCCACCCCCAGGCCCCUUUUCUGUGGUACCGGCGGCGGCCAGGUCGCUGGCGAGGCGAGGCCACGCCAAGGAGGAGCCGCGGCAGCUGCUGCUGCUGUCUGGAAGUUGCGGUGCUCGUUGAACGUGGAGAGGCCUGAGCUUCCCCCCAGCAGGAGGCGGAGUCUCGGCGCCAGGCCUAGGCGCAGCCCCGGCGGAGGCGGCAGCAUGGAGAAUUCGCAGCUGUGCAAGCUGUUCAUCGGCGGCCUGAACGUGCAGACCACCGAGGCCGGGCUCCGGGAGCACUUCGAGGCCUACGGCACCCUCACCGACUGCGUGGUCGUGCUCAACCCGCAGACCAAGCGCUCCCGAUGCUUCGGAUUCGUCACCUACUCGGCUGUGGAGGAGGCCGACGCCGCCAUGGCCGCCUCCCCCCACGCCGUGGACGGCAACGCGGUCGAGCUGAAGCGGGCCGUGUCCCGGGAGGACUCGGCCCGGCCGGGGGCCCACGCGAAGGUGAAGAAGCUCUUCGUGGGCGGUCUAAAGGGGGACGUGGGCGAGGGGGACCUGGUCCAGCACUUUAGCCAGUUCGGCCCGGUGGAGAAGGCCGAGAUCAUCGCCGACAAACAGAGCGGCAAGAAGCGCGGCUUCGGCUUCGUCUAUUUCCAGAACCACGACGCCGCCGACAAGGCCGCCGUAGUCAAGUUCCAUCCGAUCCAGGGCCACCGCGUGGAGGUCAAGAAGGCCGUGCCCAAGGAGGACAUCCAGUCGGGCGGGGGCGGCGGUGGCUCCUCUAGGCCUUCCCGGGGCGGCAGGGGAGGAGGACGAGGACGGGGCGGCGGCGGAUCCGGCAACCGGGACCACAACGGUCUCUCCAAAGGAGGCGGCGGCUAUAAUAGCUACGGAGGCUACGGCGGAGGCGGCGGCUACGGAUCUUACAGCAGCGGCUCCUACGGAGGAGGUGGUGGAGGCGGAGAUUACGGCAACGGGUACGGCGGGUUCGGCAGCUACAGCCAACAUCAGUCCUCCUACGGCCCCAUGAAGAGCGGCGGAGGAGGCGGAGGAGGGGGCGGCAGCUGGGGAGGGCGCAGUAACAGUGGACCGUACAGAGGAGGCUAUGGUGGGGGAGGGUAUGGCGGCAGCUCCUUCUAACCGGCGGCGCCCAUACCCAUUGGGGGUGGCAUGGAGAGCCCUCCCUUUGUUACGGGGCAGCUUCUAAUGGUUUCUCCCCUCACUCGCCUAAGGGCAGUUCCUAGUAAAUGCCUCCCCUGCUGUGGGAGCAGCUCCUAAAUGCCCUCUGGGGGUCGCCUCUGCCUGUGCCACUUCUUUCUCUCUGAAGAUGGACUGGGCCCCACACACACAUACUUUGUGUUACAGUCAUUGAUGGACUCUAUUUUUUUAUUAUUACUUGGACCUUGGUCGUUUUUAUACUAGCAAUGAAAAUGUCUUGUUUUAAUUUGUUUUUUGGGGUGUGGGGUGGGCAAUGUCUUGCUGAUUCUGACGUAAAAACUGGGGAGGGAGAUGGGGGGGGGGAAUUUACUUUGUUGUAAGGACUCGAUACCUGGCUACUACAUUUUUUCCCUACAAAAUCUGCUCGGAUCCAUGACUGAAAUUAACAUUUCUGUAAAGGAGGAAAAAAUCGUUUUUACGUUUUUUAUUUUUUAAAUAAAUCAUUGUGUUCAUUGAC